AUGCAUCUUCCACAGGAUUGUUACAAUGACUUUUGUAGGUUCCUAAUAUGCUCUCUUCAUGGUAUCUACCAUUCGUGUAUUGAAAUAACCAUCAAGCAGGAGCCUAAGUAUGAUGGAAAAACGGUGGAAAAGCCAUAUGAGAUUCGGCAGGAAUCUAAUAAAGUAUCAGAGCCUUCAUAUGAUGGAAAUAGAAUAUGUUUCCUUUGGACAUCGGUUGGAGUUCGUCUGCAGCUCGGAUGUAUAUUGGAGCUGAGCUCGUACCUAGGAAAAGCAAAGGUGAUCAUGUUCGAAAAACAUAUUGCUCAGAAUUUUGGGAUCAGGAAGCUUAUCAUAGAAAGUCAUUUAGAAUCCAACAUGAUUCAAAGUCUUCUAUCAAGAUUAUAUGGCAUCCUUAAGAAAACAACUGGCUGUGACAAACACAUUCCUACAAGUCUCUCGACUAUUCACUACUUGGUCGUUCCUUGUAUCCCAUUAUUGGACAAUUAUGGAAUUUCCCCACUUAUGGCCACACUUCUCCUUCUACUUUGGUGGUUUUCUUUGUUUUGAGGACUGUUUUGUUCACCUUAUGAGGUUUAAUCCCUGUUAUUACUUGUCUUUACCAUCAAUUACGAAAAUCAGCAAUUAGCAGAAUCCUUGGAAGCUCUUGGAAUAUAUGGAUAUUCCUACAUAAUUUGUUGUAAUUGGUUGAAAAAAUAUUUGAAACCUUUAGUUUUGCAUUGUUUAUUCACAAGAAAUUGCAUGACUCAGGGUUUUUUUUAAGUCGAUG